CCAGACAUCCAUCACCUGUCCUUCUGGCUGGACUACRAUCAACAAUCGCUGCUUUCUCUAUGUUCCCAAAGUCAUGACUUGGGCGAAUGCAGAGAAAAACUGUCUGUCCUUGGAGGCAAACCUGGCAUCAGUUCACAGCAAGACCGAGUACCAUCAGGUUCAGGCUCUGAUAGUUGAAGAUAGUGGUGAGUCCACUGAAGCCUGGAUUGGAGGCUCUGAUGGACAGCAGGAGAAGAUUUGGUUGUGGAGCGAUGGAAGCCGGAUGAUCUACACAAACUGGUGUCCAGGGCAGCCUGAUAAUUCRAAAGACAACCAGAACUGUUUAGCGAUGAACUGGUCAGACAACAAGUGCUGGGAUGACCACCUGUGUGAUGUGAGUCGGCCUUCUGUCUGCGUCAAGAAACCCUGACCACACUGAGGUUCCUAAAGAGGCCUGAUGUGUAAAACAGAACCAGUGGAGGAUGAAUGCUAGGAGUUUCUGUUUACCUGCCUUUUUGCACAUUCAUAGAAAACCCAAAAGAUAUUUCUGCAUCUUUUCUUCAUAUGAUUUCUCUCUUUAACGCAACCUACGGAAUGAAGCGACAAGCAAACAGCAGCUGGAUUGUCUCUCUGUAAUAAGAUCAGACUGAAUGAGUUAUAGGAAAGAAUCAUCUUAGCAAAACUUUCUGCUGUUCUUUGGCUUAGCAAAAAUAAAACCUUGAGGAAUCAAAACAA